CCGUAUGUUCUGAGGUUGUAUCAGCCAAUCACCUGUUUUCCGACGGCGGACCUUUUGGUCCAAUCAGUACAUGCGCCGUUGCCGAUCUUCCUGUCUAAACCGAUUUACUUGCGUCCACUAUGCCAACGUCACGGCCUGAUUCGCGUCAGUUGGCAUUUUUUUGAGAGGAAGGUAUCGCAGCAAUGGCGUCGGACGACACGGAGAAGAAGCUGGAGAUGUCGCUGGACGAGAUUGUGCAGGAGCGUAAGGCGGACGCAGCAGCGACUGCCAAUGCCAGCGCCACCGGCGGCAAGGCCAAGAGCACGUGGGUGGAGGAGUGACGUGGCUCUGUGGUGGGGUGGAGACUGAUGGGUGCUGCGCUGUUGGGCAGGAAACGCGCCGAGCGUAUCGCGCAGUCGAGUCCGUACCAGUCCCGACAUGUUCGUCACGGUACGACGACAGAGGAGGACGUACCGCGGAGGACGGAAAAUUGAGGGGGAAAGUUUUUGGGGUUGUGUAGGCGGCGAUGAGGACGUGGAGAUCGAGCAGACGUCGUCUGUGGGCUGCCGCGUGUACGUGGGCAACUUGUCCUGGAGCAUCAAGUGGCAGGACCUGAAGGACCAUAUGCAGGCAGCAGGGCCCGUGGAGCUUGCUACGGUGCUGGAGUGGAAUGGCCGCUCAAAGGGCUGCGGUAUCGUCACGUACGCGACGGAGGAGGCAGCUCAGAAUGCCAUUGCCACGCUCAAUGACACGGAGCUGGGCGGUCGUAAGAUCUUCGUUCGUGAAGACCGCGAGGCGCAGCCGACCUCGACUGCUAAGCCCAAGCGUGGCUUCCGCGUGUAUGUGGGCAAUCUGUCGUGGAACGUCAAGUGGCAGGAACUCAAGGACCACAUGAAGAAGGCGGGCACGGUGGUACAUGCCGACGUGCUGGAACUGGCUAAUGGUCGCUCGAAGGGCUGCGGUUUAGUGGAAUACGCCACCGAGGAGGAGGCCGCGAAGGCCAUUGCGGAGCUGAACAACACCGAGCUGGAAGGUCGUCUGAUCUUCGUCCGCGAGGACCGGGAACCUGAAGGUGGAAGCAUCUCGAAGUUCGCUAAGCGCGCCGCUGCUCCUCGUGGAAGCGGUGAAGGUCGCCAGCUUUACGUCGGCAACCUCCCGUGGGACACGAACUGGCAGCAGCUGAAGGACUUGUUCCGAACUGUGGGCGAUGUGGAGCGUGCCGACAUUGCGGAAUACCCCGACGGACGCUCGCGUGGCUUCGGUAUCAUUCGCUACACGAACGCUUCUGACGCUUGGCAAGCUAUCGAGCGCUUGAACGGUUUGGAAAUAGAAGGCCGACUGAUUGAGGUGCGCUUGGACAAGAGGGAGUAAAUCCUCGAGAACAGGCACUCAGCCGAGAGCUCACGAGGAGUAGGAACUGUGCAGAUUUUUGCGAAUGGGCUUGUUAGGAGAAAUGAUCUUCAAUAAUUGAACCUGGAAUCAAGCGGGUGAAUUACUCAAGAAAUGUUGGUGGUGGUCUGUUUAACCAAUGUGAACAAGCGCACAAGCGCACACGUGCCCUUGCAGAUUAUGAAGGGUUCAUAAAGCAUUCUCGACAGAUCAAUACAUUACAUUGGCGAUAUUUCACAUUUUCAAUUCUUCAACGUGGCGGUGAUGGCCGAUCGCAAUGUCUUGAUGAGAUUCUGGAUCUCCAGCAAGUUUGGAGUACUUGUAAUGUGUUCUUGACCUGACGUCAUCUUACCUAAACUGUUUGCAGCAUCGUCCAGUGGCUGGCACAAAUUGCUGAAACACGCACAUUAGUUACAAUACUGUCAGUCACAAGCAACAGAUUUUGCUCCUGCAUUAAGUUUGUUCUCACGCUAAGAUUUCCGCUGCAGCUGACUCCUGAGUAUCAUCUGUACGUGCCUCGCCAUUUGUUAGUAGUUAGCGCUCGAAUCGACUUAAAUACUUAGGAUUAAACGCACCCGAUGCCACAGUCGGUGGUCGUACACCUUCUUUCGUGUCACUGA